UAUAAAGGCAAGGGGAACAUAAGAGAGUACAUUUUGAAAAUGUCUCAUAUUGCUUCAAGACUAAGUACACUAAAGCUCAUUUUACUUGAGGAAUUGCUUGUGUAUUUAGUUUCGAUCUCUCUUCCUUCUCAAUUUAAUCAAUUUAAAGUCAGUUGCAACUGCAUUAAGGAGAAAUGGUCUCUCAAUGAGCUCAUUUCUCAUUGUGUUCAAGAGGAAGAGAAAAUAAAGCAAGAUAAGACUGAAAAUGCUCAUUUGGCAUCUACCUCUAAGGGGAGCAAGAAAAGAAAUAUUAAGGAAGCUGUAAAUUCAGGGCCUCGAAGAAAGCAUCAUAAGGAAAGUAAAGAACAAACUAAGGAAUCUAAAUGCUUCUUUGCAAAGGGACUAAUCACAACAAAAGGAAUUGCACUAAGUACCACGCCUGACUUGCGAAAAAGGGUUGUCCGAGCUGCCAAAAACCAAUUGAUGGUGAAAGACACAGUUAUGUCGGUGAUGUCAAACGAGUUAAAGUUGAGGC